CGGCGAUUUCCAGAUCGAUUCCACUCCACGGAAUAGGCUCUCUGACUAUGGAUGCGCCUGGCGCAGCAGAGGCCCUGGGAAGUCCUCGACAGGACAGUCCGGUUCGGGAACCCUCUGUUGGGCGAAGCUCCUCGAGUGAAAUCAGCCCUCGGCGCGACCGAUCUGAUCGACCAACGCACAGCCAGCGCGAGGACGAACAACAUAGCGAUGAUGGAGCCGAGACGACAAGUGAAGAAGAUGAAGAGGAGGAUGAGGAGGACGAUGAAGAGCCACUUCUGAAAUAUGCGUAUUUGACGAAACAUUUGGGAGCGGUGUACCGCAAUGGGGAUGCCACGAGCUCCUUCAUUGCGGCGGCAGAUAAGAUGAUUAUUGGAACGCAUAAUGGGAACAUUCACGUACUAUCGCUGUCUCUAUUCAAGCCUCUUCGAGUUUACCAUGCACACACGGCGAGCAUCACGUCUGUCUCGGUCUCUCCGUUCCCUCCUCCUGUACCUACUUCCAAAGCGGACACUGUACAAAACAUCCCCGAGCAGCAGGGGUAUCCUGCUCGACCUGGAUCGGCCGCCUCGAGUCUCCGUGGUCUGUCACGCCCAGGUCACCACGCAGCUAUACCAGCGACACCAUCGAAUUCGAUUUACAUAGCGACGUCUUCGAUUGACGGCAAUGUCUGCGUAUCGUCGCUUGUUGACCCUAAAGAUGUCAUUUUGCGCAAUUUUGGCCGACCUGUCCAAGGAGUCGCACUGUCGCCGGAGUACAAGAGUGAUAGGGUAUUUUUGUCCGGAGGGCGAGCAGGAGACUUGAUACUCACCACGGGAGGUCGAGUGGGCGCGAGUACAAAUUCUACCACAAUGGGUGGGGCAGCGGCAGCAGCUUCGAGUUGGCUGGGUUCUAUAGGGCUAGGAGCCAACACAGGGAAAGACACCGUAUUGCACAGCGGAGAAGGCGCUAUCAGCACCAUCAAGUGGUCAUUGUCAGGCAAAUAUGUUGUUUGGGUCAACGAAGAGGGGAUUAAAAUUAUGCGGUCGCACCUACAUCUGGACUCGUCCGAUCACGAGUUGGCUUGGAAGCGCAUUAGCCACAUAGACCGUCCGAAUCGCCCCGGAUGGGAAGAGAUGGCUAGCGUUUGGAAGGCCCAUGCUGAAUGGAUCGACGAAAGCUCGCUUUGGGAUGAAAGUAGCACCGACGGAGCUUCUGACAAUGCCCAACACUCCCCGGCGCAAACGGUCACCACAGAGGAAGUGGUGGAGAAAUUAGUUGUUGGAUGGGGGGGUACUGUUUGGGUAAUCAAGGUUUACCCAUAUCGGCCGAGCAAAAUCAACAGGAACCAAAGGAUCGGUUCUGUUGAGGUUUCUACAAUACUACGCACCGAUUGUAUUAUAUCCGGGAUCUCUUUAUAUACGCCCACCCGUCUAGUGGUCCUGUCAUACAUCGAAGUCGAAGUGGAUGCAUCAGAAGAGCGGUCCAAACACGGCGUGCUUCGCCCAGGAACACGGCGCCGUCCAAGGGGAUUGGAGCCUGAACUCCGCAUAAUCGACAUUGAGACCAAAGAAGAGCUUAGCGCAGAUACUCUGUCUAUCAGCCGCUUCGAGAGCCUCACUUCGUCUGACUACCACAUGUGCGUACUUCCUCCGUGGAAGGCAGACCUCCCUGUAUCUCAGCGCGGCGCGCUAGAAGCGUUGGGGACUGGCCUCUGGGACGCGACUCUAUACCCCGCACGAUUUUUCAGUUCGGGUGCUAGUAUACGCAGCUCCACGAGCAGUGGUGACAAAGGCUCCAUCAGGGCGCCUAGUGUUCUCUCCUCCCGGCGGCCUUCCACCGACGAAUCGCUUUCUAAAGAGGUGCAAGAUGUCGUUGGGAGUAUUGGACCGAAGAUACUCAUUCAGAGCCCAUACGACUGUGUCGCGGCGCUAAAAAGGGAUCUCUCAGAUCGACUGGCGUGGCUGGAUGCGCACGAGAGAUACGAGGAAGCAUGGAAUCUCCUUGACGAGCACCCCGAGGCCGCGAGUGGCGUUGAAACAGGCGACGUCGUUCCUGGCACGCCUGCGAGAUCUCAGAGCAGCCUUGGGGAGUUUUUCGAUGAUGACCAAUCUUCUGUCACGACAACCGGUCGCGCGAUAUCCUCUGCAGCCGACCAAGAGAAACGUCGCGUUGGCGAGUUGUGGAUAGACCAGCUUAUCGAGGAAGAUCGGUGGGCCGAGGCCGCUAAGAUUUGCGUCAAGGUCCUCCAAAACACAUCUCGAUGGGAACAUUGGGUUCGGUUGUUCUUCAAGCACGAUAAGAUAGAUGAGAUCUCACUAGUCAUCCCUACUGACUUACACCCACCCUUGCCUGCAAGUGUCUACGAAACCGCUUUGGUUCACUAUGUCUCUCGAGAUCGCGGCCGGUUCUGUGAGCUAUUGGACUUGUGGCCAUUUGACCUAUUCGAUGCCAACAGCGUGGCAUCUGCUGUCGAGGAGCAGCUCAACUCAGGAACAGUGACACCGGAAACGGACGAUUGGCGCACUCUUAUGCAAUGUCUCGCGAGACUAUAUCUGGCAGGUGGCCACUACGGCGAUGCUCUGCGUUGCUACAUUCGCCUUCAGGACGCGGACAGGGCAAUGGAGCUAAUCAAGCAUCACCGGUUACUGGACACACUCACCGACGACAUCCCGGCGUUCAUUAUGAUCCGAGUAUCCAAGGAGCAGAUGAAGAAAGCGCCAAUAGCGGAACUUGAAGAAAUCACGACUGAGCCUAUCCGCCUCCUGGUGAGCGAAGCAUACACGGGCAUCGUGCGCCCGGAACUAGUAGUCACGCAGUUGAAAGAAGCGAAUAGACUGCUAUUCCUCUACUUCUACAUCCGGGCCCUCUGGCGCGGCGAAUCGCUUCCACACGGAGCAGCCAAACCCCGGCGGGGCCAUUUUGCCCACGUCCUUGACGCAGCAAGCAAGCUCGCCGCCGAUGAGGGCAAAGCCUUAGUCGACCGGUUCGCAGACACGGCCGUCGAGCUAUUCGCAGACUACAACCGCCCACUACUAAUGGAAUUCCUCCAAACAAGCACGUCCUACUCCUUCGACACGGCCGUCUCCAUCUGCGAAACCCGGCACUUCACCCCAGAGCUCAUCUACCUCCUCUCCAAGACGGGUCAAACAAAGCGGGCCCUGAACCUCAUCCUCUCAGACCUCAAAGACGUCUCCCAAGCGAUCUCCUUCGCCAAAUCCCAAGACGAGCCCGACCUCUGGGAAGACCUCCUUGACUACUCCAUGGACAAACCCCGCUUCAUCCACGGCCUCCUCGUCGAAGCCGGCACAGCCAUCGACCCCAUCAAGCUCGUCCGCCGCAUCCCCAACGGGCUGGAAAUCGAAGGCCUCCGCGAGGGCCUCACCCGCAUGAUCCGCGAACACGACCUCCAAGCUAGCAUCAGCCAAGGCGCUGCAAAGGUCCUCCAGAGCGAAGUCGCCGUCGGCAUGGACACCCUCCGCAGCGGCCAACGCCGCGGAAUCAAAUUCAACGUCUUCGAGGACGAAAAGCUUCCCAAGACCCCGCUCACCGAGCAUGACCACACCCAAGAUGAAGUCAGAAGCAUCGCCGACACGGAAAAGACUUCCGUCCCCCCGGGCACUGCCACCACUACCGCCUCACAGGUCGGGAAAUGUGCAGGCUGCCAUCUACCCUUCCACACCAACGAAAAAGAAAUCCUCGUCGGGUUCGCCUGCGGCCACGUCUUCCACCUCUCCCACGUCCACGGAGAACAACCACCCUCCUCACCGGGUAGUUCCUCCUCAGCGCAAACCCCCCGCCCAUUCCCACCUGUCCGGACACAGACGCUGGAAGAAGCGUCGCUGUCGACGUCGCGGACGGUCGGUCCCAAGGUGACGACGGCGCGGCUCCUGCGGGACCGAAUCGGGGAUGGAUGUCGGAUUUGUGCUGAGGCUAGGGAGAUUGAGGCGAUGGGGGAUUUUGAUUUGUGAUUGUUUAUUGAUGUUUGAGGCGUGCUGGUCUGUUUCAUUUGAUUAAUCUUUUCUUUUCUUUUAUGCUUCAUCCUGCCUGUGACGGCUGGCGCUGUUUUCCUGUUUCGCGAUGUCGUCCUACGCGAUGUGAUUUUUAUGCAUUAGGAGAUACCCAUGGUUGCGUAAUACAAUUUACAGUGCCUGAA